CGGGUCGUAGGGAGGGAUUGGCUUCUCCCCUUGAACUCCACCUCCGAUCACCGACUCCUCCUUCUCUCUGCUGUCUCGCCGAGUCGGGGCGCCGGAGAUCAGCCGUGACCACGCUUCCAUUUUAGCCAUUCAGAUCGUACUUUCGACAUCCGGUGCCGCACCCGCAUCCACAUCGUUGUCCCAAGUCCUCAACCGACAGCGGCUGAGCCGUCGCGGUUCCUGGGACGAAGGGCCGGCCGGCCGGCCGGCCUCUCGGUAAUGCCGCACGUACUGACGUCGUAGCACCGCUCAUUCUGUGUAUAAAUAGAGGCCGCAUUUUGUUCUCUCUAAGCAUCAGCCCCAAACAAACGGACUUAGCUCUUAGAAGCACUACUCAUCAGUCGUCAUGGCGAUCAACGGCCAGAGCACCGACCAGGCGGCGCUCCUCGACGCGGAGCUCGAGCUGUGGACGACCACCUUCUCCUACAUCAAGUCCAUGGCGCUCAAGUCGGCGCUGGACCUCAAGCUCGCGGACGCCAUCCACAGCCACGGCGGCGCCGCCACGCUCCCCCAGAUAAUCACCAAGGUCGACAUCCACCCCUCCAAGAUCCCCUGCCUCCGCCGCCUCAUGCGCACGCUCACGGCCUCCGGCGUCUUCACCCUCCAACAACACAACGCCAAAACCCCCGCAAACGAGCCAACAUACACUCUCACGCCGUCCACCCAGCUCCUCGUAAGCUCACGGCCCCGGAACCUGGCCUCGAUCAUGGCGAUGCUCCUGAACCCGGCCCUGGUCAUCCCGUUCCUCGAGAUCGGCUCCUGGUUCCGGCACCCGAUGCCGGACCCGUGCAUCUUCAGCCACACGCACGGCGAGGCCCUGUGGGACAUGGCGGGGCGCGACCCGUGGUUCGAUGCGCUCAUCAACGACGGCAUGGUCUCCGACAGCCGCUUCAUCAUGGACGUCGCCGUGAAAGAGUGCGGCCAGGUGUUCGAGGGGGUGGGUUCGCUUGUGGACGUCGGGGGAGGGCUCGGCGCGGCGUCGCAGGUUAUCUCCAAGGCGUUCCCGCGGCUCGAGUGCAGCGUGAUGGACCUUGCGCACGUCGUCGCCAGGGCUCCGAGUGGUUCCGGCGUGAAGUACGUCGCCGGUGACAUGUUUGAGAGCGUUCCACCGGCAGACGCUGUCUUCCUCAAGUGGGUCCUGCAUGACUGGGGCGACGAUGAGUGUGUCAAGAUACUAAAGAACUGCAAGAAAGCUAUUCCUUCGAGAGAGAAUGGUGGUAAGGUCAUAAUCUUUGACAUAGUGGUUGGAGUAGGGCAGUCAGCCGUGAAGCACCAAGAGAUGCAUGCCUUGUUCGACCUCUAUAUCAUGCUUGUCAAUGGCAUCGAGCGAGAUGAACAAGAGUGGGAAAAGAUCUUUCUGGAAGCUGGGUUUAGCGGCUACAAGAUCAUGCCGGUUCUAGGGUUCCGGUCAAUCAUAGAGGUCUACCCAUAAAUAGUUGAAGAAUGUGCACCUCAGCCCAAUAAGAAAUUGGUUUGUGCGUUGUAGGAUUAUGCCCGAUCUGUUCAUGUUCAUGUACGUAGCGAUUUCUCAGAUUAUUUUCCCUUUGUUGCAUGUACUCCCGACCGUGCAAAAUGUAUAUCUAUUUAUGUCCGAAGCCUUGAUCCAAAAGUUGUGUGGUUGUUUC